AUGGUGCCUCGGGGCCUGCUCGCGCGGAAGUCGCUCCGGAUCAUGACGCCAACUGUCCUCGCCAGGGCCUUCCACCAGAGCCCAAGACGCUACAGCCCGCCCCAGGCCCAGACCCCCGCGCGGAGCACGCUGCUCGCAGAGUUCAGCCUCAAGGACAAGGUGGUGGUCGUGUCGGGCGGCGGCCGGGGCGUCGGGCUCACGCAGGCCGAGGCGCUGCUCGAGGCGGGCGCCAUCGUGCACGCGCUGGACCGCCUCCCUCGCCCGGCCGAGGACAGCGAGUUCGGCCGCGUGGCGCUGCGGGCCAGAUCGGAGCUGGGAUCCAGCCUGACGUACCACCGCGUCGACGUGCGGGACCAGAAGACGCUCAACGAGAUCGUCGAGGGCAUUGCCGACAGGGAGGGCCACGUCGACGGCCUCAUCGCCGCGGCGGGCAUCCAGCAGGAGACCCCCGCACUCGAGUACACAGCCGAGGACUCGGACAAGAUGCUCGGCGUUAACAUCACCGGCGUGUUCAUGACGGCCCAGGCGGUCGCGCGCCAGAUGAUCAAGCGCAAGCAAAAGGGCAGCCUAGUCCUGAUUGGGAGCAUGAGCGGCACCGUCGCGAACAGGGGUCUGAUAUGCCCCGCUUACAACGCCUCCAAGGCUGGGGUUCUCCAGCUGGCUCGCAACCUGGCUGCCGAGUGGGGCGAGCACGGCAUCCGCGUCAACACCAUCUCGCCGGGAUACAUCGUCACGGCUAUGACGGAGGGCCUCUUCGAGGCGUUCCCCGAGAGGCGGACGGCAUGGCCCGACGCCAACAUGCUGAAGCGGCUGAGCUACCCCGAGGAGUACCGCGGGGCCGCCGUGUUUCUGCUCAGCGAUGCCAGCAGCUUUAUGACGGGGGCUGAUUUGAGAAUCGACGGAGGUCACUGUGCUUGGUGA